AUGUUUGUACCUUAUUAUGGAUAUCCAAUUUAUAACUCUCAGCUUCAUCCCAUUUCUAAUGGACAGCAUCAUCAGGCAGCUAUGAUGAACAGAUGGCCUUCAUUACCAGUUCUUCAGAAUCCAUAUAUACUUCCAACUGCUCCAGCUUUAGCAACAACACAUCACUAUGUAUCACCUAGCCCAACCUUUGAUCUAAACAAUUUUGUGAUACCAAACCAAUAUAGUUGUUAUCAGCAAUGGACGAACUCUUCUAAUCCUCAGAACUCGUUAUGUUCUAUGGAUAGUGGAGUUGACUUGAAUCAGACUGAUCCUACACUUCCUGAUGAUAUUUCAUUAGAUUUUUCUUUUUCAUCCUUCGGCAAAGAUACAGAGCCACAUGGUGACAUUUACUCUGUUCGAACAUCUCCGAUUAGCCUGCCUGAUGAAGACGACCAUCUGAAUACGGCCUUCGAUGAGGGAUCGAAAAAUGAGAGCUUGUCAGGCAUGGAAUGUGAUUACGACGAAGAUGAGCUAUUGGAAAUCCUGUAUAUGAACGGAUGUCCGCGGAAUUUGGCUAAAUCUCGUUGUCGUUCCGUUUAG